AUGAAGCAGUUCCACUUCGCUGGAUUGUUGGUGAUAUUGAACCUAGGUUUCAGCUACGCUUAUCUGGAACCGGUUCUGACGAUUUGCAACACCAAGGACCCGAGCGUCGACAAAUGUAUCAUCGAUGUCAUCGAACGGAUUCGACCGAACAUCGCUUCCGGUAACUAUGGCUCGGACAACCAGCACCCGGCACUGGAACCGAUUGUGCUGGAAAACAUCCGCAUCGAUCGUGGUCCGUCGUUUUCCGCAAACUUCUCCAAUCUGGUGAUCAGCGGAGCGAGCAAGUUUAUCAUUAAGAAAUUUAAGACGGACUUCACGCAGAGAAGAAUCAACGCCAGUGUAAUCCUACCGGUUUUGGACGUCGUCGGCAAAUACGCACUGAACAUGAACAUUUUGGUUCUACGCAUUGUCGGCGCCGGUGACGUUCGCGUUCAGCUUAACGACACCAAGGCAAUCCUCCGGCUGGAGUACUUCACGGAGAAGAUCGACGGCAAGGAACUGGCCCGCUUCAAGCCGAUCGAUCUGAAGCUGAAGUUCGACAAGGCUUCGUUCAAUCUGAAAAACCUGUUCAACGGUGAUCCGAUGCUCGAGAAGGUAGGUAACGAUGCCGUCAACGAGAACCCGCACGUGCUGCUGGAUGAGGUAAAGCAAUCGUUCGAGGAGGGUCUGUCCGAAAAAUUUACCGCCACGGCAAACAGUCUGAUUAAGAACUCCGAGCUGAACGAAAUUUUCCCCGCAAAAGAAUAG